UGCGGCGUGACGGGGCGUGGCGCGGGCGGCGCCGUUGGUUGGUGCGCGGCUGGAGGGCGCGGCGCUGGCGGCGCCGAUGGAUGGGCACUGCGGGCCGGGCCAGGCCAUGGCGUUGCUGCUGUGCCUGGGCAUGACAGCGGCGCUGGCCCGGGGCUGCCUGCACUGUGACCCCAAAUUCUCGGAGAAGUUCUCCUUCUACCGCCACCACGUGAACCUCAAGUCCUGGUGGGUGGGUGACAUCCCCGUGUCGGGAGUGCUGCUCACCGAGUGGAGCCAGAACACGAUGAAGGAGCUACACCUGGCCAUCCCCGCCGAGAUCACCCGGGAGAAGCUGGAGCAAGUGGCAGGAGCCGUGUACCAGAGGAUGGACCAGCUGUACCAGGGGAAGAUGUACUUCCCAGGGUAUUUCCCCAAUGAGCUGCGGGCCAUCUUCCGGGAGCAAGUGCGCCUCAUCCAGAACGCCAUCAUAGAGAGCCGCAUCGACUGUCAGCGUCACUGUGGCAUCUUCCAAUAUGAGACCAUCUCCUGCAGCAACUGCACAGACUCGCACGUCAUCUGCUUUGGCUAUUACUGCAAGUCAUCGGCACAGUGGCAGUCAGCUGUACAGGGUCUUCUGAGUUACAUACAUGCCUGGCACCACCUUUCACCGACCAUAAAGUGUCUGGAACCACCGCACCUGGCUAACCUGACCUUGGAAAACGCCUCUGAGUGUCUGACCCAGCACUGACCGUGGCUGCUGGCCCCCAGCCUGGACGGGGGCUAAGGACUCAACUGCACUGUCGUAGCCUGUUCCUCUGGAAGAGGCUAGCCGCUGCCCGUCUCGGGUCACCCCGAUGGAGCCCAGGCUGGGCCGGGGCAGCGGAGGGCAGGGAGAUGGGCUUGUGUAUAGAUAGCAGGGCCCCCAGGCAGGGCCCCCAGAGAUAAUUUGAUUAAAGUGCUCUCACAUUU